GAGAGAAUUGUUAAUCAAAAUGGCGUUGUGUGAUGUAGAUGAAUAAGCUGCUUAACUCAUGAUAUUGUAUUUGUUUUAAUAAUUCGCGAGUUCCCCUGUGUUAGAGUAAGGAAUUUGCAAUGUCUUCAUUGCAGUUUGUUGUGCAUCCCAUCCCUGGCACUGAGGACCAGUUAAAUGACAGAUUAAAAGAAGUGGCAGACCGCUUGAAUCGCUUUGGACCGACAGCGCCCCCUGCUGCGCUCGCAGGGAUCAGGAGUGCGGUGAAGCGGAUCGCGGUUGGACCAAAUCACUUUGCAUUGUUGUUGGAGGACGGACGAGUUUGCCGUGUUACGUUCUCCAUCAUCUCAGACAGACUUGACCUGACAAAAAAUGACCCGACAAAGAACUCUAAAGGCAUGUUCGGAGGAGGAAGUGGUGGUGGAGGUGGCUCCUCCCGUCAGCUCACUCGCACCCGAGCCAGGAUUAUGCGCACAUCAGCGGCUCCGUUCCGUGGUGCAGGUGGUCGUAGCUCUGGUGCAGGUGUGAUCAUGGGCGGCAGUGGGGGCAGUUCUAGCUCAUCACGCCCUGUGGUACCCGCUCCCUAUGUCCCUGAGGAACUGGUGUCGCAAGCACAAGUUGUGCUGCAAGGGAAGAGCCGAAACCUUAUUAUCAGAGAGUUGCAGCGUACAAACCUAGAUGUUAACCUGGCCGUGAACAAUUUGCUGUCCCGGGAUGACGAGGAAGGAGACGAGGGAGAUGACGGUGCAGACUCUUAUGUUCCGGAGGAUCUUAUCUCACUGUUGGACGGAGGCUUCCACGCUGACCACUCCGUCAUCAUUGACGCAGACGCUAUGUUCUCCGAGGACAUGUUCGGAUACUCUGCGAUGAGGAUCCGAGGAAUACCUGGCACGAGUGGCACAAGACGUCUACCCUCCAACCCAGAGCGAGAGCGUAGUGAGAAUCCAGAGAGGGAGAGGUCUGACAGAGGAGAGCGCAGCGCUGAUAGAGACAGCUUCUCUCGCUGGAGAGACAGACAGUACUUCGGACCACGGCGCUGGCUGGAGACAGCACUUCGGGACUCAGCCUGGGAGCCUGACAACAAGAAGAAAGAAUUUGCAACGGCCAGUCCCCUGUGGAUGUCGGACGAUGUGGAGUUCUGGCCGGAGCCUGCGCCCAAGUUUACCAACAUCGCGGCUCUGCACAGUGAACUGAUUGCUCUGUCCAGCAACGGACAGUUGUAUCAGUGGAAGUGGAAUGAGACUGAACCUUACAAGCAUUCCUGUGAGGGGUCACCACAUCACCCCAAGACUGUUCCUCUGGGGCUGACCAAUGAGAAGGUGGUGUUGUUGUCCGCAACAGCCAUCCGAUGUUCAGUAGCUACGGAGAGUGGCAAGGUUGCCACUUGGUUGGACGAGUUACUCGCUCACGCCGCAGGCAAGCUGGAACAUCCGGCUACUGCUUUCACAGAGUUCACGCUAGAUCGGAUCACAGCCCUUCACACUUGCACCCUCUACACUGUGGCCAAACUGGAAAGUGGAGCACUCUACUGGUGGGGCGUCUUACCAUUCAGUCAAAGGAAGAAGUUGUGGGAGAAGUACAGGGCCAAGUCUCGCAAACAGAGACCAUCAACUGGAUCCCCGGAAAUAACUACUGGCAGUCAAGUUUGCAUGAAGAAUUCACCCAUAUACCAACCAGGAGCAGUUGGCUUCUGUAUCUCCGGAGGUGUGCCGAAAGUGGGCCAGCUACAGAAUGCAGCGUGGAACCUCAGUGACACGAGUCGCUUCAAGCUGAUGGCUCCCGUGAGUCAGACCCAGAGCCGAGGGUUGGAGGGGCUGUUGCCAGGCAGUAGUGGCAAGUCUAGGGAUCACAAGGAGACAGCUGACCGCAUAGACAUGCCUCCACCUCCUAGCCCUGCCAGCUCUACCUGCAGCGAUACUGGCUCUACCUCACACAAGCGUCCCAAAAGACCAGCUGUCAAAGAGGAUGCUGAAAAGAAGGACGAGGAAAAUUGGUUUUUGAAAGAUGUCAUCUUUGUGGAAGAUGUGAAAAGCCUUCCAGUAGGUCGGGUGCUGAAGGUGGAUGGGGCAUACGCUGCAGUUAAAUUCCCCAACCCUUCACCCAAAGAAGGAGGCAAGGACUCUAAGGAGACAACAACUGAUGAUACUCUCACUUUACUGCAAGACUGUCGUCUGCUAAGGAAAGAUGAGUUGCAGGUUGUGAAAACAAAUACAACCUCCAGAGCUCCAGACUGCUUUCAAAGGACUCCAAGGAGGAUAAAUAUGACAGAAAACGGAGGUCAUAUUUUGACUAUUGCUGUGGACGGUCAAGGGAUCCAUGCGGUGGUGAAGACAGCAUCCAAAUUGAGCUACGUGUUGUACAACGUGACCAAUGGUAGAGUGGAACAAGAUUCUCCGUUCCCGUCCGAGACCAGUUCAUUCCUAGGCCUGGAACCUCAGAACAUCUGCCUGACCAGCACUGGUGAUAGCAACGACAGUGUACUGCUGUUGAGGGAUGGGAACUCAACAUUGUGUCCACUAGCCAAGGACAGUGUGGACAGUAUAAGAGACGCUCAGUGGCUAGACCUGCCUCCUGUCAGAUGCAUUGGCACAGGCGUUCACACCUUGACAAGUGUCACCGCUCCAGCUCUGAAGAACCAAGUGGCACUGAUUGUGCUGGCGCUGAACACCCAGCUGCUCAUGUCCAGGGUGUUGAGGUGUGAUUUGGAGGGAGUUCGUCAGGUGCUGCAAUCUCUGGAACAGGAACCAAAAAGUAGUGAAAACCUACAAGCAAUUCUAGCAGAACGCUGUGAUGGAAAUCGAAAUGUCCUCCAUGCUUGUGUUUCCAUGUGUACUCCUACUUCCAAUAAGGAGGCUGAAAAUACGGACAAUGCAGCCAACAGCAACACCUCAGGGCUAGAGUCUAUCAAUGUGAUUACCAAUGCCUUGGCACCACGCAGUGUCAGUCUGCGGGAGAUGAUGAGGAGAGCGACCGCUGCGGUCCGCACAUCAGGAGAAGGGGAAGCUGCCAAUAACAUGCAGCCGUACGUGGCUCCGGCCCCUGAGGCAGAGAUGGGUUGGCCUCCGACAGAGCCAGUGUUUGACCUGGCGUCGGGUGAUGAGGACAGUUUGACAUUUGGUAAAAACGCUCCUCCUACUAGCCAGCCUGCGUGCGUGGCCGACCCUGCUGAGAGGCGCAACAACGCCCUGACUGCCCUCAAACUGCUGUGUGACUCACCGGCACUCGCCCCUCAUCUCAAGGAACUCCUUAGUGCAAGGGACGCCCAAGGUCAGACGCCAUUCAUGCUGGCUGUCUGUUGCCGAGCCUACAACGCUGCGUUGUAUAUCCUGGACGCCAUACAGCGACUAGUAGCUCGCGUGCCUACUUCCUACGAGGACCUGACACCUCCACCUCCACCUCCACCUAUGCCUCCGUCAACCACCUCUACCGAGGAGAAGCUCCAGAAUGUCGUCUCCACAUUUUUCAUUGCCAAAGAAGCUGCGACAGAGACGAGGAAACAAAACUACCCAUCAUGGCUCUACCCCACUGGCACUGACCCUGAAGGAAAGAAGGCGUCGCUGAGUGAAGUAGAGACUCGCAUUGACCAAGAUGCGUUGAAAGCUAUGAUAUUCCCUACAGGCUCCAACCCAGACCACUCUCCUCUGCAUGUUGUGUGCUGCAAUGACACUUGCAGCUUCACCUGGACUGGAGCAGAACACAUCAACCAGGACAUAUUUGAAUGCCGCACUUGUGGACUGACUGGGUCGCUGUGUUGCUGCACUGAGUGUGCGCGAGUGUGUCACAAAGGUCAUGACUGCAAGUUGAAGCGUACGUCCCCCACGGCGUACUGCGACUGCUGGGAGAAGUGCAAGUGUAAAGCUCUCAUACAAGGCAACCAGGUGGCUCGAUACGACUUGCUGUGUCGUCUCAUCGCAGACACUAACUUAGUCACACAACACAACAGCAGGGGAGAGAGCAUCCUGUUGUUCCUGGUCCAGACAGUUGGUCGUCAGAGUGUAGAGCAGCGACAGUACAGAGCCUCGCGUCCAAGAUCUGCCUCCGCCUCCUCUAGGAAGACACCAUCCUCUGACGUCGAGCCUGAUAUGCCCGAUCAUGAUUUGGAACCACCACGUUUUAGUCGCAGAGCAUUUGAGCGACUUCUCAAUGAUUGGCCUGCAGUAAAAGGCAUGAUUAUGUCAGGUGUGAAAGUAAGUGAGUCGCCCAAUGAACCAAUGUAUGAAGAUCAAGCCUACCUUCAGAGUCAGAGUGGUACAACUCUGUUGGACAAGUUUACUCAUUGUCUUCUGGUCAAGUGUAAUCCGGAGAUGCUCGACACGUUGCUCACAACACUCAUGCGUGAGCUCCAGAAUGAUAAUAUUCCCGGACGUAUACAAGAGGCGACAGAAGUAGCCCGCAGAUUUGUACGCUCUGUUGCUCGCAUAUUUGUCAUAUUCAGUGUGGAGAUGGCACCCACAACAAGCAAACGAAGGGGGACUAGUGGUGUCUCAGCGCCUCUAGUAAAGUGCAAACGAGUGUUUCAAGCUCUGAUCAAGCUGGCAGUAGAGGAGUUGUGUGAGAUUGCCGACAGCCUCAUUGCACCAGUGAGGCUAGGUGUAGCACGACCUACAGCACCAUUCACUCUAUCCAGCUCCACUAUUGAGGUGAUCAAUGGAUCUGAAGAGCUAUUCUCAGUGGAGCCCCUGGCACCCCAUGGCUCAGUGUCAGGACGUAGGUCCAUGGCUGGUGGUAGAGGGGGAGAGAUCUCCCGACCUUUGGGUGCCCGCAGUCGGCCUCAACCUCGGAUGGACAUGGAAAUGGAACAUGAUGAAAUGGUCGAGAGUCUAGUAGCUCUAGCCCAGGACGCAGAGGCUAGUGAUGGUGAAGAACCAGUAGGCGGGGGUGGUAGAGAGGUAGGCAGUGGAGGUGUGGCUGAGGCAGCUGGAGAGUCUGAUAAUGAGGAUCUAAUGGUGGAGUCAGAGUCAGACUCCGACCAGAGUAACCAGGACACGGCCAGUGCACAGCGCAGUGUACAGACAGGCGCUACUGCAGGCUCUGACACAGGCAUGGCAUCGCUACUGCUGUUCCCAGAAGACGACUCGGGAGACUCAAGCCAACAAGAGGAGGACGUCUCAGAGGCAGGGGAGAGUGACGACAUGGACACUGAGGAGAUACUGCUGACUGACGAACAGCUUGAGAGACGAACGACCAGUUCAGGUCAGGGACAACGUAGCAACCUGGCGCCUCAAUCUAUGCAGUGGGCAAUCAGAAAUAGAGACACUUCAUCUAGAUCUGCUGGUGGAUUCCGAGUGGCAUCCAACUCACUGGUGUUCAUUGAUCCGUCGACACUGCGCCGCUCUACCAGUGCAGUGGGCAGCAGCCAUGAGCCGGUAACUAUGGCUACCACGGCGGCAUGUCUAGCGCGGGCUGCAGCCAUCGUGUUGCGCCAGAUAGCUGACCUGCUGGCUAUGAUGAGUGACUACAGCAACCUGGCACCCACACUGCCUGAGACAUUGGAGGUCACUUACCAGGACCAGUACAACCUGCAGACAUACCUGGAAGCCAGGUUGAAGCCGACCUGGGACUGGCUGUUAACUGUGAUGGACUCCACUGAGGCUCAGUUGAGGUUCGGAGCCUCUCUGACUCAAUCCUCCGACCCUACUCAUCCCGGCCACCCCCUCCAUCACAACCCAGCAGGUACCAGCAGUGGAAGUGGGAACACACUGUCUCUCUCAGUGCUGGCUAGUGGGCCGUCAAGCUCUACUCCUGCUGCUAGUGGUGCCACAACAACAACAACAACCAGACCUGCCACCAACACACCAGCCGGCAUCAACCGGUCAGUGACCAGUAGUGGCACUACGCCGUCCAACACCAGCACCACACGUAUAGUUGGCUUUACUGCCAACACCACAGACACUCCACGCAACACCAGGGAUAGAGAGUCUUCAGAUCCCAAUUCUGCACGACGAGAGUUUCUGUCCUAUGCGUUGUCUCUGAUGCGUUCACACAACGCAGAGCACGCAGACAGUCUACCGGUGUUGGAUGUGAGUGCUCUGCGUCACGUUGCGUAUGUGUUUGACGCUCUCAUCUACUACAUGAGAUCCACCUCGGACCAGACCACUGUCGCAGAGGAGCUGCGUGACACCGCAGCCAACAACAGCGACUGGAUACAACAGGACGAAAACGACAAUGACGAGACGGAUGAAGACCUUGGAAGGAUGGAAACUGAGACCGAAUCUGUUGACGAUGCUGAGGUGGUUGUGCUGGCGGGUGGACCUCCUAUCCCCACAGGUGGUGGCAAGGGCCGUAAGCACGCCUUCUUCCAGAGGUCAGAGUCCACGUUGUGUCUAGGCUGCCCUCCGCCAGACCCGUUUGACACCCCCAUGGCUCAGGCGCUGCCACUAGCUGAUCAGCCUCACCUUCUUCAACCCAACGCUCGUAGAGAGGAUCUCUUUGGCAUACCCAAGCAGCCAAUCACCAUCUCCCCUAAAGGCAACGGAACACCGGGUGAGACCAGUCAGCUGGAGGUUCUGCCUACAAGGUUGAGUCUGUCCUCCCGUGGGGCUCAACCCAAGUCCCCAGACAUCCCCCCUCCGCCGUUCAAACCCAGAGAGGAGGGCACAGUAGAGGACACACCUCAAGAUCUGACUAUAAACAAGGAAACCGUUGUGGAAACUGAAGAGGACUCCAAGAUGAGCAUUGGGGAAAACUCUCAAGAGUGUGUGAGAGCUCCCAUCAUCAUCUCACCACCCAGUGUGGCUGGCAGCUCGGUGGAUGUUGCAGAAGAAGGAUCAGUGCCCAGAUUACAAGUGAAAAGUGUCAUUGUGAGGGCUGGCCCUAGCCCUGCAUCACUGAAUGGUGAUGUGAUGUCUUCACCAAUCAAGCCUGUGCUGGAUACCAUCUCCGCACCCAACGACGACAUCUCCGCCAACGUCACUGUAGAGACAACCCAACCCCCACCUCCUAGGCCGGUGCCAGUGAUUGGUCAGUCUGUGUCCCAUGAUCUGCUUCUGGGACGUUGGCGUCUCACUCUGGAUCUGUUUGGUCGAGUGUUCAUGGAAGAUGUCGGACUGGAACCUGGUUCCGUAGUCAGCGAACUUGGUGGGUUCCCAGUCAAAGAAGCAAAGUUCCGUCGCGACAUGGAGAAACUGAGAAAUCUGCAGAAUCGGGAUCUGACACUUGCCAAGAUGGAGAGAGACAGAACACAGCUGAUCGUGCAGACAAUGAAGGAGUUGAACACGCAGUACAAUGCAUACAACAAACGUGCGUCACCCUCUCAGCCGCCACUGGCUGUCAACAGAGUCAAGGUGACCUUCAAGGACGAACCUGGCGAAGGCUCUGGAGUGGCCAGGAGUUUCUACACGGCCAUAGCCGAGGCGUUGUUGGCCAACCAAAAACUUCCCAAUCUGGAGUCAGCACAAGUCGGUUCUCGCUAUGGACAGUACAAUGUUCUACAGAGGCUUCGGUCCAGAGAGAGAGAUAGCUUACGAAGACAGAUGCCACGGUCGUCAUCACAGAGGUGUCGAGAGCCGAGACGCAGCCUGUCUCAUGAGGCGAGAGCCUUCAACUCCACGGUGGCACCAGCUGAUGGGGCGCCGGGCACCAGCAACAACCAGCCAAACAACGACCAUCUGUCUGUACAUCAGCAACAGCUAGGAGACAGGCUCUACCCCAAGGUACAAGCACUGAGGCCGACGUUCGCAGGCAAGAUCACUGGCAUGCUGUUGGAGUUGUCGCCUGCUCAGCUACUUAUGCUAUUGGCCAGUGAGGACGCCCUCAGGCAGCGAGUGGAUGAGGCAAUGGAGCUCAUAGUCGCCCACGGACAAGACCUCGCCUCAGAGGCUCUCCUUGACUUGGACGUAGGACUGUUCAGUUUUACGGGUCUCAAGAACGGCCAAGGUCGCAGUACCGAAGGUGAGACGGAGACUGAGGACACCGGUGAGGACAAUGCGCCGCUCUUCUACUGCCCGGGGAGACGAGGCUUUUACAGUCCACGCCAGGGCAAGGCAACAUUCGAGAGGCUCAAUGUGUUCCGCAACACGGGAAGGUUGCUUGGGCUGUGUCUACUGCAGAACGAACUUUGUCCGAUAUUCCUAAACCGACAUGUACUCAAGUGUGUUCUCGGCCGACCAAUCAGAUUCCAUGAUCUAGCGUUCUUCGACCCGGCCAUGUACGAAUCAUUGAGACAGCUUGUUCUUGAUGCCGAGACCAAGGACAGCAACAGCCUAUUUGCAGCUUUAGACCUCACAUUCAGCAUUGACCUAAAUGUAGAAGAAGGGAGUGGAAGUUUGGAACUGAUCCCAGGAGGGCGAGAUAUUGAGGUUACGGCCAGCAACGUCUAUGACUAUGUGAGGAAAUACGCAGAGUAUCGGAUGUACAAAGCUCAGCAAAAGGCUUUAGAGGCUAUCCGGAUGGGUGUGUUUGACGUACUCCCAGCUGGAUCUCUGGAUGGACUGACCCCAGAGGACUUGCGGUUGUUGUUGAACGGAGUCGGAGAUAUCAAUGUCGCCGUCCUCAUAUCAUACACUAGCUUCAAUGACGAGUCAGGCGAGAGCAGCGAACGAUUGCUCAAGUUCAAGCGAUGGCUGUGGUCCAUUGUCGAGCGGAUGACCAACCUCGAGAGGAUGGACCUGGUGUAUUUCUGGACGGGAUCACCAGCCUUACCAGCGUCUGAGGACGGCUUCCAACCAAUGCCGAGUGUGACGAUACGACCAGCAGACGAUGCACACUUGCCGACAGCCAACACCUGCAUCUCUAGACUCUACGUACCACUGUACUCGUCCCGCGCGGUACUACGCCAGAAACUGCUGCUCGCCAUCAAAACCAAAAACUUUGGUUUCGUCUGAGCACCCUCCUUUCUACCCACUGUGCGUUUGUAAAUUUUGUUGUAACAUUAUUUAACUUUGAUAUUUUUGUAUUCAAAAAUGUAUAGAGCGUUUGUUCACGACAAUAAGUGUUUUAUCUCCAACUAGUGGUCAUCCGUUUCAAGUGAUUUCUUUUAUCGGAUUACAACUUGGUCACUCACAUAUCUGUGUUUGAAACUGUGAUUAUUUUGUUUUUAAUAUGGAAACAACUUAGGUUAAGGAAAAAAACGACAUUGUUACUUCACGUAUGUGUGAAUCUUUUGGAAUUCAACAUGAAAUUUUCGUUUGCUUUAAAAUAGUUUGGUUACAUUAUUAUAACUACUUAAUGAUCCAGUUUUUAUCUUUAUUAUGUUUUGUUUUAUUGUAAAUAUAUAAUUUAAGUUAAAUAUUGCUUUGUUUUGUAUUUAUUUUUGUUGAUCUUAGAAAGUGAAAUUGAAAAAAAAAAAACAUUGAUUUCAACCCUGCAAGACUGUUCACUUUCAAAAUAUUAAAAGAGAUUUGAAAACAGUUCACAUUACAGUUCUGAUUGUAUGAAAAUUUAAGGGGUUUUCCAAAAAAGUUAUAUUGUAUUUAGUUUAGUAUACAUUGCUGCAUAUUGUUUGAUUUUGUCUAUGUUACAAAUGGUAUUUCAUAUCAUAUUUAAACAAAGCAUCUUGAUGAAAGUGGAAAUUACUUUUGAUUUGUAAUAUUUUUAGUUGUUUUUUUCUACCUUAAAUAUUUUAUGAUUCCUAUUUUUAAAAAAAACUUUGUGUGGUGUAGUUCCUAAUGUCAGAUUUUCAUUUUCAUCCCUCACAUGUCGUUUUAUUAACUAACCAGAUUAGUAUUUUUUUUUUCAUGGUAGAAUGAAAAAUUUGUGUUUUUUUGGGGCAUAAUUGUAGAAUCUGGGUUAGUAUUUUUAUCUUCCUUUUGUCGCAAGGGAAACAAUUGACUUUUAUUUCAAAAAUUAAAGUUGUGAAAGAUUGUGUUUAGAUUUUUGCUUUUGUAAAAAUUUUAGUCAUAAAAAAAGAAUAUUGCCAGUGUUUAAUUGAUUGGUACAAGUUGUUCUUAAGGUUUCGGAUUAUUUUAAUUUUUUCAUUAGUAGAUUUUCCAAACAUAAAAUCCUCGCCUGCUAGCUGAUAGUAUUUUUUUUUUAUUUUCAGGCACCUGAAGACAUCUAAACAAGUGCCAACUCUGAGAGUCAUGUAUAAGAUAAAUGAAUGUAUUGUAUAAAUAUAAAAAAGAUUUUUUAUAAAUAUAUACGGCGAAAGCACAAUUUUUCCGUUUGGACUUAUUCUCUGUAUCAACAAUAUGAAUACUUGACAGAAUAAAGCUUAUGUGUUAAA